AGCGCAGGAAGAGCUGGUCGGUAACGGAGGACCGAAUGCCAAUCUCAUUGAGAAAGACGUGAGGGACAGACGUUUCUAGUUUCAGACAAGACACAGGAAGCUCUGGGGAAAAGGGACAUUUAACCUCAAAAGGAAGUUAAGGACAAAUCUAUCGCUCAAAUAAAUCUUAAGAGGGGCACUCGGCACGCGGGAGUCGCAUUUUUGGUUACGAGCAACUUGUGGAAUUUAUCGGGCACAUUUUCCUGAAAAGAGACCUGGCUUCCUUCUCAACACAUUAAUAUUUAAUUUAUACUCUUUUAAUUUAAUUUCGUCAGCUGCCCUAAAAACAUCUGUCAUCCUAAGAAGUGCGGUGUUGCAGCAGCGGACGGCGCGUAAAGACCGAGGAUACACCAGCCGUGGACGAGCAACAGACACUUGUCUCCUUUCCUUGCGGUUUUAUACUGUCAUUAUUAUUUAUACUUCAUCCUAUUUAUUAGGGACUUUUUCCGGCUACUUUGGGGCGUCGGUGGUGAUUUCUGUGGAAUAUGGUGGGGGAAAUGGAAACGAAAGAGAAGCCGAAGCCGACCCCAGAUUAUCUGAUGCAGCUCAUGAACGAUAAGAAACUAAUGAGCAGUCUGCCCAACUUCUGCGGGAUCUUCAACCACCUUGAACGGCUUCUAGAUGAAGAAAUCAGCAGGGUACGAAAGGACAUGUACAAUGACACGUUAAAUGGCAGCACGGAGAAGAGAAGCUCAGAGCUCCCAGACGCCAUCGGACCCAUCGUUCAACUCCAAGAGAAACUUUAUGUGCCUGUCAAAGAAUAUCCUGAUUUUAAUUUUGUGGGCCGGAUCUUGGGACCGCGGGGGCUCACAGCCAAACAGCUGGAGGCAGAGACAGGAUGUAAGAUCAUGGUGAGAGGAAAAGGCUCCAUGAGGGACAAGAAGAAGGAGGAGCAGAAUCGAGGCAAGCCCAACUGGGAGCAUCUGAAUGAAGACCUCCAUGUACUCAUCACGGUAGAGGAUGCCCAGAACCGUGCAGAGAUCAAGCUGAAGCGUGCAGCGGAGGAGGUUAAUAAACUGCUUGUGCCUGCGGCAGAAGGGGAGGACAGUCUGAAGAAGAUGCAGCUGAUGGAACUGGCCAUUCUUAACGGCACCUACAGAGACGCUAAUAUCAAAUCACCUGCCCUUGCCUUCUCUCUUGCAGCAAGCGCCCAGGUGCCCCGGAUCCUCACUGGCCCAGCACCCGGUCUGCCGCCCACGGCCUUGCGCACGCCCACACCUGCUGGGCCUACCAUCAUGCCCCUCAUCCGCCAGAUCCAGACCAUCAUGCCCAAUGGCUCGGCCCACCCCACUACCGCCACACUGAUGCAGCCUGGUCCGGAGUCAGGCCUGAUUUACGCAACACCCUACGAGUACCCCUACACACUGGCCCCUGCCACCUCCAUUCUGGAGUAUCCAGUCGACUCCAGCGGGGUGUUAGCAUCCACAAAGGCCGAAGAGCUGCCCCUCUACCUGGGCUUUCAGACCUGUCACAUUCCCAUCACAGUCCAGCGUGGAGAGCCAACCGGUCGGCCUCCGUUUUAAAGUGUCCCCUCCUCUUUAACAAGCCCCUCCCUCACAUCUCAGACACACCCUUUCCCAUGUUACCUUCUCUCUCAUAUCGGACUGGCUGGACUCCCCAGCCUCUUUCACUCUGUUUUUUUCUCCCUCAUAUGAUGUUUAUUUCCUUUUUGGUUUUUGUACUUUUGUUUUUAUCAAUGUGUUGUUUUAGUUUGUUGUGUGUAUAAUGAUGAGGGAGACAAAGCACUGAGCCCCAAAACUGCUGCACAAGCCUUUCUGAAUGACCCCAUCCCUCAGUCUGAGCAGGCUGCAUCAGGGUGAGGGGCAUUAGGAGGGGCAGCAUGAGGAUGGUGAGGGGACAGUGAGGGUCAAAUGGAGGCUACUUACAUUUUGAGAGGGGACUAUUGGAGAAGAGGUUAUAUAUUGAAAGCCAGGCUCUUCACCGAGCAAUUUUAGGACAGUUUUAAUGCACUAUGAUGGCGCAUUAUGGCUGUAAAUUCUAAAGGGAUAUAGUCACAUUUACAGUCACACAGUGAAUGGACUGUCAGCUUAAAGAAACCUUUCUAUUUAGGAAUGAACCUCAGAAAGUCUGUUAAGAAGAUGUUUAGGUCAUGUUCAUAUUUUACCCUCAAAAUUGAAAGAACAUUUUUAAGGGAAAUAAUUUUAAUUUCGAAUCAUUUUAUGACAGAUACAAAUAUUUACCCCCAAAGUUAUCUUUACUGUAAUUACAAAAAUAAAUAGUAAUAUAUCAUUUGAUCUACACGUCUUUAAAUAAUAGUAUUUUAAAUGUUUUUCUAAAGUAAAACAUGUGGUCGCAUUACACUGUUUUUCAUUAUAAAAACAAAAAAAAACAAUUAUUCUGCAGACAUUCCCUUGAAACUGUUUUUAAGUCCAGAAUAAAUAUUCAUCCAUCCAUCCAUCCAUCGUCAACCGCUUAUCCUGUGUACAGGGUCGCGGGGGGCUGGAGCCUAUCCCAGCUAACAUUGGGCGAAAGGCGGGGGACACCCUGGACAGGUCGCCAGUCCAUCGCAGAGAAUAAAUAUUAUUUUAUAAAAUAAUAAAAACUCUAAAACUUAUUCAAACUGACUUUAUUAUAAACAAAAUAAAUAGUAAAUAAUAACAUUAUUUUUAUAAUUAUCUUAAAAAUCUUUUUAUUUUUAACCUGGAUUUUGUCAUGAAAAUAGCCAUAGAAGCUGGCAUGGUGUUUAAAACUAAAUUAAACCAUAAUAACAUAUUUGUUCCUGUCCAUUUAACUUGUCUCAAUAAUUUAUAUUAUUUCAAAUAGACUUUCAUCAUCAGAAAUGAAAUUUAAAGUGGUUGAAAAAGCGUAAUGGAUUUAACACUGGAUGUUGAAACUUGGGCUCCACUUUAAUUUUACUUACAAUUUUAUUGCAGCAAUUGAACUUGUUGGAAGUUGCCCGUUUUAGUGUGUGGACAUGUUUCACAGUGUCCAGUAAUAACAAAAUAACAAUCUAAAUGACUGCAAAAAUAGCCUUAAUUUUCUUUUUGCAAAAACUAGAAUUUUUUUCCUUUUUUUUCCAUUCAAUUUUGUGGUAAAAUAAGACCCGAACAUGUUUCUGUGAGAUUCACACUUUUAGUGCCAUAUUGUCUCAUGGACUGUCCUAGAUCGUGCUUUGGCGAAACGUCUGAUUUUUUGGUGUGUGUUGCUUCCGCGAGGACUAAUGUCCCAUUCCCUUCCUUUAUCCUUCAGGUGUGGCUUUCCCCACGAAAGGCUAAAUGCGGAGCCUCACUGCGCCCCUCAUCCCAUCUGAGUGUUAACACGCACAUGAGCUUUCAUUUCACAGCUUCUUUGUUGGUUUCGAAUAUUGUUGGUUGAGAAGCAUGAAUCUGGGCCUAGCAGUCAGCCACACACACUCCUGUUCGUUUACACUGGCUAUUCCCAGAGCCCAAAGUGGCUGUACUUGUAAUGCCAUACAUACUGUAUGCCACCAUACUCAUGCAUUUCCCCUGGAAUGUCCCGCUGACUGCUAGGUUUUAGGAUGGAAUUGAAAGAUCAAACUUUGUCCUGCUUUACUAAUCACUUAAUUCAUGUCGUACAUUUCUAUUCUCCAUUUUAUGUUGUACUACAGCAAAUGUGCCUAAAUGUUUUCCUCUCUGUGCCCAAGCUUAGAGAGUGAGUUUAACAGUAUUAUAUUUAUAGUAUUAUAUAUAUUCAUUCUUCACUCGCUCCAGAGCAAGAUUAUGUGACUAGUAAAGCUCCCUAGUGAGGGUGUGUACUCCUGUGUGCUCAUCACUAAUGUAUGUCAUACUGUAUCCAAGCUACGCAAAAACCCACAGAUCGACUGAGGAUAAAUGAAACUAUGUGAAUUUUGUACUUGAUAGAUUUGCAUAUGGGGAAAAAAGUAUUAUUUGUGCCUUAACUUGUAUAAUUUGAAUGAAUUGUGCUUGUCAAACAUAUUUGGUCAUACCAAUCAAUUAUUUGAAACCUGUCUGAUUCAUCUGAUAGAAACUGUGAGGUUUGAUUGAUCUGAUGAUCUGUGUUUUCUGGUGAUGUUAUUGCAAUCCAAGCAGGUGCAGUGGCAACUAAGAUUCGAAGACACGAAAUGCGCGUCCAUCCUUACCAAAGGGUAGUGACCGCAGACAGAGGUUAGUUUAGUCCAUGUGCUUCUAUUCAUUACCAGUAGCAACUCACUGUUGGUUCUGAUCUGUUGUGUAAUGUGUGCAGUAUGAGCAUGUGACUCAGCCAUCUGUGCCAUUUAAGAUGUAGAGUGUGUUUGUUUUAAAAUCUACUGUGCACACACACACAUGAUCUUUUCUGCGUGGGUGGAGUGGUUGACAUCAUUUCAUUGUUUUGACUUCAGCUUGAUGUUAGUGACAAAUAAUGGAAGUAUUUCUGCAAACAUGGGCUUAAUUUGAGUUCCCAUUAUACUCUUUUCAGUUCUGAGUCACUGUCAAAUUGCAAUGUAUACUGUAUAUAUAUUCCCUUUAAAUGCCAGCCUCUAACAUACAGACUCCAUUAAAAGUUUGAUUUGUAGGUCAUUUCAGCUUAUAGGCAUGCUAUCUAUUUGGGGGUUUUGUAAACUUUAUACUUGACUUACAUUAAUAGAAAGUUCACCAGUCAGUCUAUCCAACAUCGAUGAGGUCAUUGUAAUAUUUACAGUCCUAAUUCAGAUUUUUUUUAUUCAUCUCUUUGCAUGGAUCGUAAUUGUGAUCUAAAAGCCUGAAACCUAAGCUAAUUUAUGUCUUUAACACUAUUCUUUUGCUGCCCAAUAACCUUUAAAAAAAAUGAGUUAGAAAUUUGACAAUUAAAAAAUAGGCUAAUAUUUUUAUAUUUGUAGAUAAUACAAAAUCUACAUCAUAAUAACUAAAAGUACACCAAUACAUUUACAAUUACAUGGUUUGCAUACAUGUUUAAAAGAGUAAAUGUAAGUUAAUAAUGGUGUGAGUAAUGAUUUGACAAACAAAAUGUGCAUGUUACUCAACCUGCAAUAUUCAUCACUA